AUGUGUGACGACUCUGAUUAUGAGGAAGUUAAUUCAAUGUCAUUCAAAGAACUAAUGACAUUACACAAGGAUGUUUUAGAAAUCACAAGAAGUAAUGCUCUAGCAUUAGAAAAAAAAAUGUCGUCAUCACCAAAACCACCAAAUAUUUUAUACACUGCAAAAGGGGUGCAAUUAUCAAGAAAAACAAAUUGGAAUUUGUGCAAAAGAUGCUGGAACAAUUUACAUGGAGGAUCAGGUGACGAUAACGUCUGUACUUAUUCACCAUGCGAGGUCCCAUUUAAGGAAAUGUAUUUAAGGCCUGAAGAAUUAUUAAGAUCAUUGG